GUUGGAGGGAAGACUAACAAGAAUACAAAUGAAACCUAAAAAUCUGAAUCAAAUAGCGAAACUCGCUCAAUCUCUAUUAAUCAGAAACCCUAAUCCCCAAUUUCUAAACCAACAACUUUCACACCUCGUAAACUCGCACGAUGAUAAUGGCGAUGCUUUCUUCAACCUCUACAACCAAAUGCUCUCUCACUCUCCCUCUUCCUCACACAAUCACUACACCUUCACAUACGCGCUCAAAGCUUGUUCCUCCCUCCACGCGCUCUCCAAAGGCCUCGAAAUCCACGCUCGUCUCGUCAAAUCCGGUCACAUCACCGACCUCUUCAUCAAAAACUCCCUCCUCCACUUCUACCUCUCAUCAAACGACGUCCUUUCUGCAACGCGCGUUUUUCAAUCCAUUCCUUCACCCGACGUCGUUUCAUGGACUUCGUUAAUCUCUGGUUUUUCCAAAUGCGGUUAUGAAUCCAAAGCCAUUGAAGCUUUCUCUUCCAUGAACGUGAAGCCCAAUGCCGCAACUCUAGUUAGCGCGUUUUCCGCUUGUUCGAAUAUCGGAGCUCUUACAUUUGGUAAAGCAAUUCAUGCUUAUGGAUUGAAAUCUUUGAUGAUUGAUGGGAACAUUGUUUUUUAUAACGCCGCGUUGGAUUUGUAUGCUAAGUGUAGGUCUUUGUUGAAUGCGCGGAACGUGUUUGUGAAAAUGUCUAAAAGAGAUGUUAUUUCUUGGACUACUUUGUUAAUGGGUUAUGCACGUGGAGGACACUGUGAAGAGGCUGUUGAGGUUUUUAAACAAAUGGUGGUUAGUGGAGAAGCUGAACCUAAUGAAGCAACGGUUGUAACUGUGUUAUCAGCUUGUGCUUCUAUAGGUUCUUUGAGUUUGGGUUGUUGGGUUCAUUCUUAUAUUGAUAAAAGGAUUGAUCUUGAUGUUGAUGGUAAUAUUGGAAAUGCAUUGGUUAACAUGUAUGUUAAAUGUGGUGAUAUGAAAAUGGGGUUGAAGAUUUUUAACAUGGUUGUUCAUAAGGAUGUUAUUACUUGGGGUAGUGUUAUUUGUGGUUUGGCCAUGAAUGGAUAUGGAAAACAAGCUUUGCAGGUGUUUUCGCAGAUGUUGGUUUAUGGUGUUUUACCUGAUGAAGUAACAUUCAUUGGUUUGUUGUCUGCUUGCAGCCAUGUUGGUUUGGUUAGUGAGGGAAUGAUGUUUUUCAAAGCUAUGAGAGAUAGUUAUGGCAUUGUGCCGCAAUUGAGGCAUUAUGGUUGUAUGGUGGAUAUGUAUGGACGUGCUGGUAUGUUUGAGGAAGCUGUGGGUUUUAUUAGAGGUAUGCCUGUUGAAGCUGAGGGACCUAUUUGGGGUGCUCUUCUUCAGGCUUGUAAAAGUCAUGGUAAUGAAGAGAUGUUUGAAUGGAUUAAGGGACAACUACGUCACAAAAAUGUUGGUGUUGGUACUCUUGCUUUAUUGUCCAAUCUUUAUGCAAUUUCUGAAAGGUGGGAAGAUGCUAAUAAGGUUCGGAAAAGAAUGAGAGGCACUGGGUUGAAGAAGGUAGCUGGAUUUAGCUGGGUUGAGCCUGAGGUUUCCACUCACAGAUUGGAUUCAAGUUUUUGUGUUUCUUAGAGGGGUCAUAAGGAAAGAUUGAUGAAACGUGUGUUUGAUUUUGCAUUCAAAUAUUGUUUCUCGCAUUCCAAAGCAAUUCCAUUGUAAAAAUAAAGAAGCUAUAAUUUGUUGCUUCAAGCUGGACGCGCGUUCAAUGGAAUUCCACAGCCAAAACCAACUUAGCAUGUGUUUGCUUUCAUGUUGGAAAGCUCCAUACGUGCGUUGAACAUGAAGCUACAAGAGAUAGCUUCCAUAUGGAUGUGGUAGUCAAACGCGGAAACAAACAUACGAUACCAUUAGGCGAAGUUGUAUAACUCUACCAUGGUACCAAACAAUGAUAGAAACUCUGAAUGUUGAAAGUGACGUGUGUCAAUAUUUCUCGGUGGUCACUGAAUAUAUGAUUUAUUUCAUUCUUGUAGAAGCCAGUAAAGUGCUUCGAUUGGCAGCAAGCAGCACAAUUCAUUCGUUGACAAAAGCAUAAUGUAUAUUAAACAUAUAGAAUUAAACUCAAUGCAAUGAUAUUCAAUAAGUUUUCUCUUUUUGUUCUGGA